AUGGGAUGCCCAUGGCCCGUUUACUCAUCAAACGUGACUGCCAGCCUGCUUGCCUCCACACCACGACCGUCACAGGAGGGAAAAAGCAAUGGUCGCAUACGAGUGCAGUGUGAUCAUAUGCGCUGCCUCCAGGACGCAGUGCAUGGCGCUGUGCAGCAGGAUCGCGAUACAAGCACUGUCGGGCGGAUGCUGUGUAGCCUGUCAGAUUUUCUUGUUCCAUGUCUCUUCAACGGCCGCAGGGGUAGCUGGUGGACACGUUGCCCAAAGCGCUCUAGCCUUUCGGCCCGCUCUUACCUGAUCGACCUGUGCGACCAGGAACUCCACAAUGCAGACGCGCCACCGCUCAUCCAACAGCAACACGGCCUGCCCAUCGCAACUCCUGCGCCUGCGCCUGCGCCUGCUCCUGCUCCUGCUCCUGCUCCUGCGCCUGCUCCUACGCGCAAAAGCAAUGCAUCUCGUAUACCUGCAACACUGUGUUUUUGCGCUCCCAUGCUCCACAAGCCGUCGUCAGCUCCAACUAGAUCGCCGCAGUCUGCAGUGUGGGGUGCUGAACACGUCCACCCCCUCGACAGACACUGCGCCCUUUCGAUUAUGCAGUUGCUCAAACUAUAUGCAUUGACAACUGCAACUGAACAGCCUGGUGGCGAUCUCCACGACGCCAUACCUCGGCUGCGCUUACCACGCGCGUAUCUCUUAGUGCGCCUGCCAUAG